GUUUUGUAAUAAAAUCGUCUUAAGUGAGUUAAGAUUUGGUUCGUACAAAGUUACCCAAAAGUCUCGACUUUUAUUACUGUUUCGAUUCUCGGUGUAGUAAAAUCGGAGGAGAUGAAGGCGGCGAAGAAGCCAAUCCACGCCGUGACGACAUGGGUUCGCCGGCAACCACCGAAAGUCAAAGCCUUUCUUGGUGUUGUUUCCGCCAUGGCUGCUCUCAUUCUCUUAAGAAUGAUUGUUCACGACCACGACAACUUCUUCGUCGCCGCCGUGGCUGUCCACGCCCUUGGAAUCUCCGUUCUCAUCUACAAACUCACCAAGGAGAAGACUUGCGCUGGAUUAUCUCUCAAGACACAAGAGUUAACGGCUCUGUUUCUGGCCGUGAGACUGUAUUGUAGCUUUGUGAUGGAGUUUGAUAUUCACACAUUGCUUGAUUCGGCUACGUUGGUGACUACCCUUUGGGUUAUCUACAUGAUCCGUUUCAAGCUCAAAGCCACUUACAUGGAAGACAAAGACAAUUUUCCUAUCCACUACGUUGUUAUACCGUGUGCUGUUCUUUCAGUCCUGUUUCACCCAUCAACACAUCACCAUAUAAUCAACAAAGUCUCUUGGGCCUUCUGCGUUUACCUUGAAUCUGUUUCAGUUCUUCCUCAGCUUAGAGUCAUGCAAAACACUAAGAUCGUGGAGCCGUUCACAGCACAUUACGUAUUUGCAUUGGGGAUAGCUAGGUUUUUGAGUUGUGCGCACUGGGUCCUUCAGGUUUUGGACACUCGUGGGAGGUUACUGACUGCUUUAGGAUAUGGGCUUUGGCCUAUAAUGGUCCUUCUUUCUGAAGUCAUACAAACUUUUAUUCUCGCUGACUUCUGUUACUACUAUGUCAAGAGUUUAAUGGGUGGCCAGCUAGUUCUUCGUCUCCCAUCAGGUGUUGUGUAAAUUGUGUUGAAGAGGAGAGAGGAGAAGAUACUGUGUGGCAUCUAGCUCUUAUCAUGGUAUUGGAGUUUGCCUCUACGUUUUUGCAGGCCAUCCUUAAUUGUUUUUAUGUUUCUUGCUUAGAUGACUGUAAAAGAAAAAGGUUAAGGAUUUUGAAUAAUUUUUGUUUUAA